ACGGGCCCUCAUGUACAAGUCAGUGUGCGUGCCAAGUCUCCAUCUGCAUUUGACACUUGCUCCUUUGCGUGCAGACGACAUGGAACAAACAAGGGCUCGGAUUUGGACUACGACCAAUGGAUGUCAGUCCUCAAGUUAUCGACGACGUGGGAGUUCACUGGGUUGCGUAACGCCGCCAUCGAAUACUUGGAUUGUCCUCUCCGGCCUCUUGACCCCAUAACCAAAGUGGAAUUGGCUUUACAAUACAAUAUCCAAGAGUGGUUACUCUCGGCUCUGCUGGUGCUCGCGCGAAGAUCCGCUCCGAUCAGCAUAGAGGAAGGGCGUCGUAUUGGUUUCGAAAACGCACUGAAGUUGGCUUCGGUGAGGGAGAAACUUCGGCUGGAGACGGCCGUGGAAGAAUUCCCAUACAUCUACCACGACGGUGGCUCAACUCGGCAUGCCAUUCAUCAAUGCAACAUUGGAUACGUUGCCCUCGGUGAUAGGGACAAAGACGCUGAAAACCUCGACUACACUCCGUUUAUACGCAAAGUUUUUGGUCUAUAGUCAGUUGGAUAUGACUACUAGCUAUGUGGUGUGGAUGUACAUAUGUAACGCGGUCUCUCGUCUAUAUUUCUACUUCCAGUUCACGGUACCGAAUUCCAGGGGUCCAGCUAGCCUCCCUCACUUAGCUGUGUCUAUUUAGGUACAAGAAUACGCUGAGAAUGGCAAGGAG